AUGGAGAGUCUGAAGUGGCAAUCAAUGGCUUGCUUCGUGGCGUCCUUUGCCACCGAUUACGGUGAUCUCCAGAACCGGGACCCUCUGGAUCGGGCAUCGAAACAUGUCAUCGGGAUUGGACGUGCCAGUAUGGCCAAUCGAUUGAGUUAUUCCUGGAACAUCAAGGGCCCCAGUGUCAUCAUCGAUACCGCCUGCUCCGGAAGUAUGGUGGCCUUGCAUCUGGCCCAUACUCAGGAGGUUGGCAGUCUGGGCCUGGCUCACUCUUCGACGGGCCUGUGCCACACCUUCGACGCCUCCGCGGAUGGCUACAUCAAGUCCGAGGCUGUCAGCGCCAUUAUCAUCAAGCGUCUUUCCGAUGCGAUCCGGGACCGGGAUUCGAUCCGAGCCGUUCCCAGCUCCGAGGCACAGGCAGCAACCAAUAGACAAGUCUAUGCUAGUGCUGGCAUCACCGACUUCAACGACACGGCCUAUCUUGAAGCCCACGGCAACGACUUUCUGUAA